AGCAACAAAAUGUUGGCUCUUCAUUUGGCGUUCAUCUUGUAUAUAUGUAAUCCGUUCUGGCUUCAUCUGCUUCUAGCUAGAUACCCUCUUGCAAUCGAUCUGAACACUUUCAAUGGCCUUCUUCUUCUCCUUCCUGUUCUGUUUGUCUUUUGCAUCUCUAUCUUAUCAGCAUCCAUGCAAGACCCCUAUCACCACGCAUAAGGCGUGCUUGCAGUGUCGCGUGGUGCGAGAAGUACGGACCGGGUCGGCAUGGCGUGAUUCGCCGCCACAACGUAUAAGGAUUCUGAGCGCGCACGUCAGUCUUGUAGUUUUGAGAUGUUUCAGCGGCCCGCUUGAUUUCCAGGACUCGAGUCUCUAAGGAGAAAUGAAGAGUGAGCUGGAGUGUGUCGAUCCGGAGUGUUGCUCUGGCUCGCCGAGGGAUAUAUGCAAAAUGCCUCAAGCUAGCCUCAAUUUCGAGGGGCGCAGGGCUGUGCUACACC